CGGAGGCUGGGGCCUGAGCUGCUCCCUGCGGACCCCGGGCCCCGCUCUGCCGCGCCACCGGCUGGCGGGGGAGAGGGCGGGCGAGGCCUGCCCCCCGCACGGAACCGGCCUCUUGCUCGCCGCGGGCAGCCUCAGCAGGCCAAGUGACUCCUGUCUCAGGUUCCUAUCUUCUGGUUGAACUAGAGUAUGUCUUUUAGAAAGAUAUCCAGUCUCUGGAUUUAAAGACUUCGAGUGAUGGAGAUCCACUACAUCCCUUGAGUUAAACGACUGUAAGUCAGAGAGAGCUUCCACAAUCCAAACAGAUGACGAUCAAUUGAUAAAUCAACCCAGAGUUUUACCAUACUUUAAAGCAGCGGAAAGAAUGUCGGCGCGGGCCGCGGGUGACGUCAGAGGGGAACAGCGCAGAGCGGCGGCGGCCAGGCAGCGGCGGCGGCGGCCCCGGCACGGAGGAGGAGGAGGAGGAGAGAGCGGCCCCGGCCCCUCCGCCACCACAGCGGCAAUGGCGACCGUCGGAGAGCGCAGGUCCCUGCCCAGCCCGGAGGCGAUGCUGGGGCAGCCCUGGAGCCACUGGGUCGAUGCUGCUAAACUUCACGGAAACGAUGGAACAGCAUUGGAAGAAAGUUUCAAGGAGUAUGGAAAAAAUCGAGAAGCGAUGCGACUCUGUAGAGAAGAUAUGCCAAUAUUUGGUCUUUGCCCGGCUCAUGAUGAUUUCUAUUUGGUGAUGUGUAACCACUGUAAUCAGGUCGUAAAACCACAGGCAUUUCAAUCACAUUAUGAAAGAAGACACAGCUCCUCCAGCAAGCCGCCUUUGACCCCUCCCUCCUCUUCAGUAUUUUCCCUCUUUUCAUCUUUGUCUUCAAAGAGCAAAGGUAGCAGUGGAAGUGGGAGCAAUCGCUCAUCCAGUGGAGGUACUAGUGCAUCAUCAUCCAAUUCCAAGUUGUUGAAAUCACCCAAAGACAAGCUGCAGAUCAGUGGAAACAAUAGGUUACUGCAUCCGGUACAACAUAACAAAGUUCCCCACGAUAAAAUCAUGACUCCAUCUGUCAAAGUGGAAAAGAUUCAUCCAAAGAUAGAUGGUGCACUAUUGAAAACUGCUGUUGGUCCAACUUGUUCUACUACUGUGAGUUCCUCAAUAAAGACUGGCCUUAAUUGUCCCUCAAUACCAAAGCCACCUUUGCCUUCCCCUGGACAGAUACUGAUUGGUAAAGGUCUUCUCUCUGUGCCUCCAUUUUUGGAAAAGAAACCAGAAGAUAGUACAAAUAAUAGGAAAUUCUUACAUAAAAGAUUGUCAGAGAGAGAGUUUGAUCCUGAUAUAUACUGUGGCGUCAUUGAUGUGGAAACCAAGAAACCCUGUACUAGGUCUUUGACAUGCAAGACACAUUCCUUAACCCAGCGGAGGGCUGUUCAGGGUCGAAGAAAACGAUUUGAUUUGUUAUUAGCCGAGCACAAAAGCAAAACCAGGGAAAAGGAAUUGCUUCGACAUUCGGAUCAUCAUCAGCAGAUGCCCCCUCUCAGGGAACCACAUCCCUCACCUUCUAAAACUUCCCAGGAGCUGCACCAAAAUUCUCAUGGACUUAUUCCUACAGAAUCAAAGCCUUUAGUACCUAAUAAACCCAAACCUCACCCCCCCAGUCUUCCAAGGCCUCCAGGCUGUCCAACCCAGCACAGCGGAAAUGCCCCUAGUGACUCUCUUGCGGUCCAUGAAUCUCCACACCCUCCGUUGCCUGCAGCUGAGCCAGCAUCCCGUUUAUCCAGCGAUGAGGGAGAGUGUGAUGAAAAAGAAGAACAUGGUGAAAAACUGGAUUGUCGUUAUUCAGGUCAUCAUCCUCAGCCAGCCGCUUUUUGCACAUUUGGGAGCCGGCAAAUUGGAAGAGGUUAUUACGUGUUUGACAAGCGGUGGAACCAUAUCCGAUGUGCACUUAACUUCAUGGUGGACAAGCAUCUUAAUUCUCAGAUGUGGAAGAAAAUUCCCCCAGCAUCUAGCAACACGGCGUCUGUUCGUACUCCACAUUGGACAAACUCAAUGCCUGCGUCACAGUAUGGUGUCAGUGCUGCAGGUUUCCUUUUACCCACCACGGUUAUGUCAUCACCAACAUUGGUUUCUCCUUCCUGUGUGUCUCUUAAUAGUAAAUCAGUCCCAUCACAUGGAACUACACUAAAUGCCAAUCCUUCUAAUCUGGGUGCAGUGGACCCUGUCUGCAGUAUGCAAUCAAGACAAGUGUCUUCGUCCCCUUCAACACCUACAGUGCUUUCCUCAGUACCUUCACCUAUGCCCAGCAAACCUCAGAAAUUGAAAUCCAGCAAGUCUUUUAAACCUAAGGAAUCUUCUGCUAGCAGCGCCAACUGUAACAGUACCAGUAGCAACAGUAGCAGCGGCGGCUCAGGAAAGAAGCGUAAAAACAGUUCCGCACUGCUAGCACCUUCGUCUCAUUCCACAGAGUCCUUUAGGAAAAACUGUGUGGCUAACUCUGGGACCUCUUAUCAUUCAUCGAUGACAUCUUCGUCGCACAGUGUUGGCCUCAAUUGUAUGACUAGCAAAGCUAACUCUGGUAGCCUCAAACAUGACCAAUCAGGGAGGGGCCCUCCUACUGGAAGCCCUGCAGAAUCGAUAAAAAGAAUGAGUGUGAUGAUGAACAGUAGUGAUUCCACUCUUUCCUUAGGGCCAUUUGUUCAUCAGGCCAGUGAACUGACUGUAAAUUCACACAGCAGUUUUUCACAUGCACACACUUCCCUGGACAAACUCAUAGGAAAGAAAAGAAAGUGCUCACCUGGUUCAAGCAGCAUAAACAGCAGCAAAUCAAACAAGGUUGCCAAAUUGCCAUCGGUGAACAAUGUUCAUGCAAAACACACCAGUGCAAUCACAGGGACACAGGGACUGAUGAACAAUUCUCUUCUUCAUCAGCCAAAGGCACGUCCUUGAUAGCUGAAUAUGCCGUGGUGAGAAAAGAACUGGACAACGUUCACUAUAAGCAAAACCUCCAUCUGGAAUUCUGGACUCCAAGAUGCCUUUGAGUUAUCCCAGCUUCCCAUGGUCCUCAGGUGUGGAAAUCUACUGGACUGUCAUUCAAACAAGGAAUUUCCCUGAAGCCAUGUCUGUAGCAGUGAAUAUUGUAAAUGGACACUGGAUGGAAGUUCAGCCACAUAAUUGCUCUUACCAGUGUUAACAGUGGUCUGGACUGCUUGCUACAAAUCUGUGAGAUGUUACCUCCGGGAGUACAUCAUCUUGCCACUAUUUGACAUAGAUUGGCUGGCAAAAGAAUGUUUGGGGACAACCAUUACUGUGGACUCUUUUUAUGCUGAUGGUGUCUUUUGUAGGUUAUUAGCCACCCGAUAGGCGCUGUCAAUUGAAAGAAACCCUCCAGCGGGGGUACAAUGUGUUAGGCACAAGGAAAAGAAGCCCUCAAGAAGGGAAUAUGGCUUUAGUGUUUUUAUAGCAGUGUUCCUUUAAUGGAACACAAAAAUAGCACAAUUCAGAAACUAAAUAGUGUGUGUUUUGCCCAGCCUUUUGCAAGUCAUUUGGGAUAAGAAGCUGUCAGGAGUUUCAAAAACUUUUAAAAACUUGUUUGAGGCCAUCGUUCAGAAAACAAAGAUAAAAAUAAUGUUGUACUUGCCUGAUGGAAAAGCGAUUAUUAUUUUGAGUAAGAUUCUAUUGCAAAAGAAAGUAAAAAUUGUUAAUUCCUUUUGAUGAAGGAAAUCCGAACGCAAAAAUAUCAAAUCAACAAAGGCAAAUAACCUAUAAAACUAUUCCCAAAGAACAUAUUUUUUGACCUAUACUGUAUACCAGAAGCCUUUGUUACUUUAAAGAAGAACUCUACUAGUUGAAUUAGGUUCGUUGUACCUUCCGGCCUGUAAAAACAGCCCUUUUAAAACUAAAUAUUUAAAAUAUUUAAAGAUUUUCUGAAAGCUUUUCAGUUAGUUUAUGCCUUGUUCUUGUAAUCAAAUCAUUAACACUUCUCAUGCUUUCAGCUACCCACAAUCAGAUAUUUCAGAAUGCUGCACUAGAUGCUAGUUAGCAACUGAGUUCAGCUUUAAGUCCACCUGGAUGGGUUACUAUCAUCUUUUUCUCAGACACAGAUGUUUUAUGAAUAAAGGGGACUAUACUAUGUUACAGUCCAGACGGUCAGUUUUCACGAGAGAUUUUUAUCUUGUUUUAAAACAUCUCAAAAAUGAAAUCCUUUAAAGGGCUUUAGCAUUAUUAUAAUGUAAUUGAUUUGGAUAUUUUCAGUGAGCUUUUUAACAGUGAAUUUUGAGACUUUACUUGAACCUUUGUUAAGGGGUGAAGUAAAGGAAAACAACUUCUAAAUCAAGAAUAUACUCUUUUUGCCUUAAAGGGGCACCAGAUAUUGCUGAGAUCAGACAAUCUGAGCCUAUCAAAUUAUUCACGCAGUCCAGCCUUCUUCUUCCCAGUUUGGUGGCACAUCGUACAUCAGGGAUUCUCAAGCCACUAAGAGCAGCAGGUGCUUGGUUGGUUACCUGUUCACGUUUCCAAGUUAACAUGAACUUGCUGCAGAAUUAUUAUGUACCGCAAAACAACAGCGAGCCUCUAUGCAGACACUUUAGCUUUGAGUUUAUAUAAAAGGUCACCAUGAAAAAACACUUCAGACGUUUAUUAUGCAAACAUAAACUAACUGUAUUUCAGGAACAAAAAGUUGAAGAUGUAAUAUGAUGCCCAACUGAAAGGAUUGUUUCCUGCACAGUGGGUGUGAAAUUCUGGCCCCAUUGAAGUCAGUAGUGCCAAGGUUUCACCCCUACAUGUUUCAGUCACAAGUGCAAUUUGGUUGGAUAGACUUACAUUUCAGGUGAACAGAAAUGUAUAUUCAUCAACCUUUGUGGCUUUAAGUGAUGGAACAUCUUUAGUUGUGUAAAGAUUAUGUUGAUCUGAAAGCUUAAUGGCAAGUCAAAGCUCAUUCAAAACCAUGCAGACAUUUGAAAGCUAGUAUUUAAUCACUGUGCUUCAUGUAGGGCCGGGUUUUAACUACACCUGCAUUAGGGCUCCAGGGCCGGCUCCAGGCACCAGCCCACCAAGCUUGUGCUUGGGGCGGCACCUGGAGGGGGGCGGCGCGGCGCUCCGGCCGCCGGGGAGAGCGGAGCCCCGGCCAGCUCGCC